AUCAAUCAAAAGGUCCUGCGAAAAUAAUCUUCAUUUUACAAACAUGAAAGCUUGAUUCAACCUUAGUUUGCGUUCUAAACCAAGAAGAAUUAAGUUUUCUGUCGCCCUCGCUUGUGUAAACUCACAUUUUAACACUCGCUGCUGUCCACGGUGCUGAACUGAAUUUAUUCAGGCCACAGGUUCGUCCAGUGAUAGGAACAAACACACACACACACACACACACACACACACAGGGGGCGGGGUUACCCUAACCACACACAGUCAAGCUACAACAAACUAGAUGUUGUCAGAGGACCGGUGCUGCUGGUGCUGCUGGUGCUGUUUUCUCCCAGCAACCUUUUGUUUCAUGGCGGCUUUGUUCUGUUUUUGCACUCCUCUCCCCCUCGGCCGGCGUCUCCUCACUGGUUCUUCAACUGGCAAUACUUCCCAUCUCAGGGACUCUUAAUCUAGGCGAAAACCUGCACAAGUCUCCAGCUGCGCGAGCGGGCCUACAGCUUAGGUGAGCAGAAGAUGUGGACACAAUCUGAGCGUCCUUCUGCCGAAUGGAUCCACACGAGGACCAGACACCGGGGGAAAGUUUUUAACAGUUUCUAAACCCUCGUUGUGGAGGAGGAGGAGUCUGGGCCGACAUGAGGCUGUGUAACCGCGGGGUGAUGAUGCUGUUGACCACGGCGGGGGCUUUCUGCGCCUUCAGCCUCAUGACCAUCGCCGUGGGAACGGACUACUGGCUGUACUCCCGCGGGGUGUGCCGCUCCAAGAACCAGAACGACAACGAGACCGUGCGCAAGAACGAGGAGGUCCUGACCCACUCGGGUCUGUGGAGGACCUGCUGCACCGAGGGGACUUUUCGGGGCGUUUGCAAAGACAUUGAUCACUUUGCUGAAGAUGCCGACUACGAGCAGGACGCCGCAGAGUACUUACUGCGCGCGGUGCGGGCCUCCAGCCUCUUUCCCAUCCUCAGCGUGGGCUUGUUAUUUCUCGGAGGUAUGUGCGUGGCUGCCAGCGAGUUCUACAAGUCCCGCUACAACGUCAUCCUCACCGCGGGUAUUCUCUUUGUCUCCGCAGGUCUCAGUAACAUUAUUGGCAUCAUCGUGUACAUAUCAGCCAACUCGGGCGACCCCAGCCAGAGCGACAACAAGAAGAGCUACUCCUACGGCUGGUCCUUCUAUUUCGGCGCUCUGUCCUUCGUGCUGGCCGAGAUGGUGGGCGUCCUCGCCGUGCACGUGUUCAUAGAGAAACACAGGCAGCUGCGCACCAACGGGCGGCCGUCCCUCAUUAAGACGCCCAUCUCCCGCAGCUCAUCUUACUACCGCAACCGCUACAACCACAGCCGCUCCUGUCGAUACAGCUGCAGGAGCAACCAAAGCGCGGGGGACUCCUUUCGAGCGUCCUUGAUGCGAGACGGAGAGCCGUCCAUCUCGGCGGAAUCCAAGGCCAUGGCGGGCUUUCCGACGACGGCGGCGGCGGCGGACCCAGAGUUCGUGCUCUACGCUUUGACCUCGCCGCUCAAAGAGCCUAAAGUUGACACGGCCAUGGAUGAUUUGACCGCUGCGGCGACGGCUCACAACAGCACAGAGAUGCUGCCCGGAAACGGUGCCGCCAACAGGAGGACCACGCCUGUCUGAGGAUGUAGAAAAAGCAAGAAAGGAGAACAAUAAAUGAACCAACGUUUUUUUUUUUUUUUGGUACAAAAAGAGGAAGGACCUGAAUGGGCCUCCACACACUGAUACGUCUGAAAAUAAAUGAUAAAAAGAAGAAAUCAAAACCUGCGUUUCCCAGUGCCGAGUUUGAUGUCUCCAGCGUGGUGGUUUUGGCCGACAAACAAUCCAAAACUCCCAAAUAUUACAUUUACAAUGAUGCAAAACCAAGAAAUGAAGUCAACUUUGUGUGUGUAAAGCUGGAAUCCGAGAAAAAAUGCAUGUCAUGUUGCUAUGUGCUACUGCUACGCGAAUGAGUGUGUGUAUAAUUAAAGGAAUGUGUGUUUGAGAGAGACAGUCGUGCAUAGAGAGACAGGAAGGAGGAGCGUUUCAUGAACCUGGAACUAUUACAUAGAAAUACGAUACACACAAAUCUGGGAAUGACACAACUAACUAUGUCCAUUUCCUGUCCUCGUUUUUGGAACUAAGCUCAAAAUCGAAACCCCAUUAAGUCCAUUAGAUCCCUCCCAAUCUGUCUGUCGCUGUGUCUCUGUGAGUGCGUAUUGCAUAAGUGUAACAAAGGGAACCAUUAUUUCUUUGUCCCUGAGUCUCUGUUUACAUAAUAAAGUGCAAAUAAAGUGCAUGAAUUAACACAAAACAUGCUUUGGGUAGAACGGAGCAGUGCUUUUGUUCUGUUCAGUGCACAUUACAGGUUUAUGUGAGGGAGAACGUUUGAAUAUCUAUCCCUGCAUAAAGCAAAGUAUGACUAUAAAAAUAAUAAAAUCGCCCCCCUCCCUGUGGUGAAGGACAGGAAGAUUGUUUUGUGUGAAUGUGCAUGAGUAAACUGUGUUAGAGGUUAUGACGGUAUAAACGGCUUCAGCUGCAUAACAGCAGGGUCAUGAUGCGUUACCAUGGCAGCAGCAUCAUGCAGGCGAACAUCCAAGGCAGUUUUGAUAUCCACGCUCACGACGCCAUCACGUCCUGACCACUCAAUAUGAUUUAUCACCAGACACCAUGUCGCCUCACGCAACAAACCACCUCAGACGUGUUCAAAUUCAUUCCCUAUUUGACUGUGUAUAUUUUCCACAAGACAAAGCAAUCUUUUACAUCUUUUUUGUUUUGUAUGUAAGUUCUACAUCGGUCAAUAUUAUUACUUUAUCGGCAACGGCAGGAUUUCAACCCAAACCCCCGUAGAGACUGGAGCCGUAUGCAGAUGCCUGAGACGCCUCGGUCUUCCUCUGAAAACCAACAAACAUCAAGUCUGUCUAUAUGGAGAAAUAACAGAAAGAUCACUGUUAUGUUUAUUACCUAGUCAAUCACUCUCACAUUGUUGAUUAGUGUAGCAUUGAUGGCAUUUUAAUAAAAACCUCACUCCUGAU